AUGGAAAACCCGACCUUCAUGGAGCGCCUCUUGCAGGUGACGACUCUCAUCGUGCUACUUUGGUUCGCCAUGCUAAUGCUCGACCAACGCUUCCUCGGUGGUCACGUUCACCGAGCGUGGAAUGGCGUACAGUGGCGUCUCAACAUCAACGGCCUGGAAGUCCUCGACAACGAGACCACAUUGGAACUCGUGGAAGAUCUUGAUGGCUUCGGUGGGCUUGCACUUAUGGGUGGUAUGCUAGGCUAA